GCGCGCCGGCACCGAUCCGGGGAACGAUAAAUGCAACAAACACGCCGGGGCAGUUAUUACCGUAUACGAUCCUACAAGGCCAAAGGCGCGCAUCCUGAGUUUCCCAGGUCUAAGGCGCGAGGUAGUUAAUAAAGAUCUGCGUGAGCAAUGUCUCGAGGGCGGAGCAAGCCUUUCCGAGUUGGCCUUGAUACUCGCAGAACAAUGGCGACGCCGUGUAUAUAAGAAGACCGGUGAAGUGAGGAAGGAUACCCCUUUGACAGCAAAGCUGUGGCUCGUUUGACACUGCAGUAUCACCAUGAAGUUGCUCAACAUCCUUCUUGGUGCGGUGGCUGCCAGUUCGGCGCUGGCGGCACCGGCAUCCGAUGCGCCAACUCCGACAACAAAGGAGAAGCGAGCCAGCAAGUUCGAGUUUGUUGGUGUCAACCAAUCUGGUGCCGAGUUCGGCAAGGACACGCUGCCGGGGCAGCUCGGCAAGCAUUACACCUGGCCAGCCAAGUCAAGCAUUGAUACGCUUAUGGGCCAAGGGAUGAAUACCUUCCGCAUUCCGAUCAUGAUGGAACGCCUGAUCCCCGAGAAGAUGACGGGCACCGUCAAUGCCACAUACUCUGAGGGGCUCACCGAUAUCGUGUCAUACAUCACAGGCAAGGGAGCCUAUGCCGUGAUCGACCCACACAACUUCGGCCGGUACUACGAGCAGGUAAUCACCGACGUGGACGGGUUCAAGGCGUGGUGGACAACGGUGGCCACCAUGUUUGCCAGCGACGACAUGGUCAUCUUCGACACCAACAACGAAUACCACGACAUGGACGACUCGCUCGUCUUCGAUCUCAACCAGGGCGCCAUCGACGCCAUCCGGGGCGCGGGGGCCACCUCGCAGCUGAUCUUUGUCGAGGGCAAUUCGUGGACGGGCGCAUGGACAUGGGUCUCCUCAGGCAACGGCGCCUCGCUCAUUAACCUACAAGACCCGAUCGGCGCAGAAGACGGAUCCAAGCUGGUGUACGAGAUGCACCAGUACCUGGACACGGACGGGUCCGGCACGUCGGAGGCGUGCGUGUCGGGCACGAUCGGGCAGGAGCGGCUGCUCGAGGCGACGGCGUGGCUGAAGGAGAACGGCAAGCGGGCGAUCCUGGGGGAGACGGCGGGCGGGGCCAACGCGCAGUGCAUCGCGGCGCUGACGGGCAUGCUCGCGCACAUGGCCGACAAUGCUGACGUGUGGACGGGCUGGCUGUGGUGGGGCGGCGGGCCGUGGUGGGGGACGUAUAUGUUUUCGAUGGAACCCCCCAGCGGUGCGGGAUAUUCCGAGGUGUUGCCGAGUUUGCUGCCCUACUUUUGAGUUCGCUUUUGGGGAUGAAGCAUUUGUGAGGCUGAUAGGUUGCGGCCCCUUGAAGUGGAAAGGUCGCGCACAGGGUGGGUGUUCGUGGCAUGGAAUUGGUGUGGCUCCAGGCUCUCUCUGGAGGGAAGUGUCCCAGGUACCUUUAGGUACCUAGGUAUCUAAGUACUUGGGUUCCGUGUUAUUGACUGCCUAGAUGGGUCCAGCGUCUUGGUUUGAUAAAUUGUUCAUCCCAUAUAUUAAACUCUCCACUCAACGACAUCUCG